UUGUACUAUUUAUUUAACCUGUUUGUUCAGUCACCAGAGGGUUAGGCCAAUAGUAAAGACUUUGAGUUUUAAGACACUGACAGAGAUUGUAGCUCAAGCCGCUCACGAUGCAAGUGCCGUGGAACUUCAGAUUCGGGAUAGUGAUCCUCGGAGACUCCUCCGUGGGGAAGUCGUCUCUUCUGCAUCGCUAUACUGAAGGAACGUUUGAUGAAUCCCGUCAGUCUCCGCUGGGAAUUGAUUUCAAGGUGUCCAACAUGUACUUUGACCCUGAUGUUGUGAUCAAACUGCUUCUGUGGGACACUGCAGGCCAGGAGAGAUUUCGGUCCAUCUGUAAGUCUUAUAUGAGGAACUCUGUGGGCUGCAUCCUGAUGUUUGACGUCUCACAGCGCCAGACGUUUGACCGCGUACGCAGCUGGCAGCAGGAAGUCCUGGACUAUGUGAAACCGAACCCGAUGUUCUUCGUGCUUGUGGGACACAAAUGUGAUCUGGCCGUGGGCCGACAGGUCAGGAAGAGUGAAGGAGACGCUCUAGCUAAAAAACUCAACAUGCUGGCUUAUCUUGAGGUCUCGACAAAAGAGAACAUUAACGUCAAGGAGACGUUUGAGACCCUUACCAGAGGCAUAUAUAACCUCUUCCAGCAAGGCAAAAUACCCACCAGAGGCGACUGGCAGGGGUUAACGGUUGGGGCCACCGUUCAAAAAGAGUCACCUGUGACUAAAAAGUCUGCUUGCUGCAACUGUGGAUGACUUUACUGUGAGAUUCAGCCUCAGACAAACCUUCCUGGACAUAGAAUUGUAUUGAAAAUGACAUUUACUUAAGUAUUUUACAUGCAUACUAUAACAUGAGCCCUGUAAGUUUUUGUGCAUGUCUGUAACAUGCCACUCACAAGUACUUUUCUCUCUAUAUGCCUGUCUGUUAAUCAGAUUUGUGACACAGAAAGAGCUAAUGGCAAUUACAGACCUAACUAAAACUAACUUCAUGCAAUAUAUAUAUAUAUAUAUAUAUACUGUAUGAGUAUUGUGGCUUUGCUUACUGACAUUAUCAACAAUGUUUACAGCUGUCAUUUGCACAGAAAACAAUGCUCUGAAAAACCUGCACAUCUGUAAAAAUGCAUGCAUUAAAUAUUAUUUGUUUAAUAAUUAUGGCCUUCCACAAGUCUUGUUUCUAUAAAAAUGGGUCUCAAAUAAUACAGCACCAUCUAGAGGCCCUGACAAGCACCUUCCAAUGGAAAUAGUUUCAUUCUAGAACAGAACAAUUACAAACGUUUGUACUUUACAAGAUGUUAACUGAUGUGGAUUAUUGUGAUGUUUUUAUCAGCUGCUUGGACUCUCAUUCUGA